AUUUUUUUUUUUUUUGUGAGAAGUGUACCUCACACAUUGAGUCAAUUAAAUUCAUCUUUCAUUGUUGGACAAGUUUAGAAAGAGAUACGCACAAAAUUCAUGUCAUUUAAGAAAGAAAAGAAAAAGAAAACUGGUUUAUUAUGUUUAGUUAUUACUUUGGUUACUUUUAAGCCUCGAGAAGUGUUCUGAUCGGUACUUGGCUGCAUGCAUACAUAGGCUUCUUUAGAUCUUCUGCCGUUCUGAUUGUGUUCACAUGAAGAAGCUUUUAGUAACAAUUCAAAGCGUUCUUCUUCUUCUAUUUCUUCUCUACUUUAGCAGUAGCAUAGUGUUUGUUGUGUGUGAAGAUGAAAUAGGAAAAGACUCAACUUCUUCAUCCCUGGCACCAAUGGAGAAAACAGAGCAGGAAGCUCUUUAUUCUGCUAUUCAAAGCUUUGUGGGCAAAUGGUGGAACGGUUCAGAUCUCUAUCCAGACCCUUGUGGAUGGACUCCAAUACAGGGAGUUUACUGUGAUCUUUAUGAUGGGUUGUGGUACAUUUCUGAUUUAAACAUUGGGCCAAUUUAUGACAACUCUCUAAAAUGUUCAGUCAAUGCAAAAAUUUCAAACCACUUAUUCAACCUCAAGCACCUAAAGGCCCUCUCAAUCUUUAGUUGCUUCGUCUCACAAAAUCUAAACCCAGUCACAAUCUCAACUUUAAGAUGGGAGAAGUUCACUCACAGCUUAGAGUCCUUAGAAUUCAGAUUAAAUCCAGGUCUCAUUGGAACGGUCCCAACCACCAUAGGAAAACUCACCAAACUCCAAUCUCUAGUGCUGCUUGAAAAUGGGUUAACUGGUGAGUUACCAAUGGAAAUUGGAAACUUGGCUAACUUGAGGAAACUUGUCCUUUCAGGUAACCAUUUUUUGGGACAGAUUCCUUCAAGUUUUGGACAGUUGUCUGAGCUCUUAAUACUUGAUGCAAGUAGGAAUGACCUUUCUGGUUCAUUGCCUUUGAGUCUUGGAUUUCUGAGAUCACUUUUAAAGCUUGAUUUGAGCAAUAAUAUGUUAAAUGGUAUCUUGCCUAGAGAGAUUGGUAAGCUCAAGAAUCUCACACUGUUGGACCUUGGAAGUAACAAGUUUUCAGGUGGGUUACCUGAGUCACUUGGAGAAAUGGUGUCCUUGAAUGAGAUGGUGAUAUCCAAUAACCCAGUUGGGGGUGACCUUAAGAGAAAUAUUGAAUGGAGAAAGUUACUGAACUUGGAAAUUUUGGAUCUUUCCAACACAAGUUUGACAGGGGACAUUCCAGAAUCAUUGGCCAAAAUGAAGAAGCUUAGAUUUUUGGGGCUUAACUACAACAAUCUCUCAGGAAAUGUCCCACCAAGGUUGGCAUCUCUGCCUUGUAUUAGUACACUUUACCUUGGAGGAAACAAUUUGACAGGUGAGCUUGGAUUUUCAGAAGGGUUUUAUAGAAAAAUGGGAAGGCGUUUUGGAGCUUGGAACAACCCAAAUCUUUGUUACAGGUUGACUUCCAUUACAUCUAGCUAUGCUCCUUAUGGAGUUAGACCAUGUAACCAAGAAUCAAACACUUACAAAAGAGUUUCAAAUGAAAAGGUAAGCAGAAGUGUUGACAGGGACAGGAACACUAAUGAUUUCUUUUCAGUGAGAUCUUCCGGAAUUUUAAGAUGUAGUGUUGGUGGGUUUUGGCAUUUAUUUUGUGUUCAAGGAAUGCUUGUUAUGUUUCUAUGGAGUGCAAUGGUAUAUUGAUUCUGAAAGCUUAAGGUAAAUAAAAGUUUUCAUUUGUCUUGAUAGAGAAGUACAAUAUCAUUUCCCGCUCAAGUUAAAGGGUCCUCAAAUCAAUGUAGUAGAUCUAUGUGUUGUAUAGUGUACGAUGCAAUAAUGUACAAGCAUUAUGAAAUUUUGGUUCCUAAAUGUGCAUACAUUGGUUGCUAUGUUAUCUAAAAUGUGUACUUUUUUUUAACAAAGUGCUUCCGUAUAUUUGAAAAUUUAAAUAUUUUUUACUUUUAAA